AUGAAUGAAUCAGAAUCUAAUCAAAAAGCUUCUUUACCAUCAAAUCCGUUCAUAAAUAACAAUAGUGCAACAAUAAUAUCACCUGAUGUUAUUCCACCAAGGCGACGGAUGGUUCAAAAUUAUUCACUCCUUUGGUUAGAUGAGUGUAUGGACGAAACAAGCAAAGAUUAUGAAAAUAUUUUGACACAAAUACGAACCAUUGCCGACAAUGUCAACGUCUUUAAGCGACCAGAUGAAUGUAUUGACUUUCUUAGUGAUGCUCAAGACAUCAAGUCUUUUCUCAUUGUCGAGAAUAGUAUGGCUCAACAAAUCAUGCCCCUCAUCAAUGAUAUUCCUCAGCUGGAUAGUGUUUAUGUCUUCAGUAAUAUUAAAUUCUUGCAUGACGAAUUGAAAAGAAAAUGGCAAAAAAUCAAGAGUGUUCAUACUAACAUUGAUGACUUAUGCAAAGCAUUACAAUUGGGUAUCAAGAAAUACAAUCAAGAGACUACUGCCAUGAGUUUUAUCACGGUAAAUGAAAUGGCUUCUAUUGAUAAUUUAAAUCAGUUGGAUCCAACAUUUAUGUAUACCCAGAUAUUCAAGGACAUCAUCCUUGAUAUGGAUCAUGAUAAACAGGCCAUCGAAGAAUUUACUACUUAUUGCCGACAGAAUAACUCUGGAUCGCCAACGAGCAUUGGUCAGUUUGAAAACAAAUACUAUACUCAAUCAGCUGUUUGGUGGUAUACUUCUCCCUCAUUUAUCUAUUCUAUGCUAAAUUAUGCUCUUCGCUCUAUGGAAACCGAUACAAUUAUUAAAAUGGGCUUUUUCAUUCAUGACCUCCAUCAACAAAUCCUACAACUACACGACCAACAGGCUAUUAGUUAUCAUGGCAAAUCAUUCAUAGUUUACCGCGGACAAGGUCUAUCCAAACCAAAUUUCGAAAAACUCAAAAACACAGAAGGUGGUUUAAUGUCUUUCAACAACUUUUUAUCCACUAGUACGGACCAAAAUACGCCCCUCGGAUUUGCUUUAAGUGCGUUAGAAAAUGCAGACAUGGCCGGUAUCCUGUUUAUAAUAACUAUUGAUCCCAAUGUCAAAUCAGCACCAUUCGCCUCUAUCAAGGAGCUGAGCUACUUUAAGGAAGAAGAUGAAAUUCUUUUCUCAAUGCACACCGUCUUUCGAGUAGGUACCAUUAAACAAAUGGACAAUAAUAAUCAACUAUAUCAAGUUCACUUACAAUUAACAUCAGAUGAUGAUCAACAAUUACAAUUACUUACUGAUUGGAUACGAAAAGAAACUCUUAGUAGUACUGGAUGGCGAAUGAAACUGAACAAAAAACUUUUCCUUCAAAUCAUCGUUCACCGGCUGAUUCAUAUAGCAACAUCGGUUUACUGUGUUACAAAAUGGGAGAGUACUUAA